UUACUUAGUGAAUCCGCGGAGGAUCGGUUCUGGGUACACUGAGACAUGUGAGGAUCUCUAGUACAAAGAUUUGUCGAAGUUUGCCGUCCCGUGGUCGCAUGAAUAUUUCCGUCAAUCGCUCGCUGGUAGGGUCAGGACAGCUCAGCGAACGGCAUCAGCGAUAUCACGGCAGGUCAAUGCCACCGUAACUUUAUGGUUUGCGGCGUAGAAUGCUCGAUGUACCCUACGCCACAUUGCAAGCGACGCAGACAUCCGCCUCAAUGCAGCGCAAUGCUUUUUGUCGUGAGGCCGUUGCACUCACGCAUUGCAGGGGCACAGUCACUCGAUACUUUGAUACCUGCCCACCUCCUAGUAGAUCUACGUCUCGUAUGCAAUUCCAUCAGCCUACCCACGAGGCAAAAAAGCAAUUAUCGCACGAACUCUCCGGGUCCAGAACCUGCGUUCGCAGCUCUCAGCUUGUACGACGCACGCCACAUCCACGAUCCAACUUCGUACUCAUAGAGCAUCAUACACCGCCCUUUCCCUCAACCUCACAUGCAAACCCUCCAUCGCACAAGCAUCAGACUGAGUCCUACCCCGCUCUCGCGCAACGCACCUCGGCCACCGUGUCCACACGGUGCACAUGUACGCGUGCACACACCCUAGACAUGCCUACGCAGCCGUCCACGCAGCCUGCGCAUGAACGAUUGCGCGGUCUGCCCCUCGCGUUUCCUGUCAUCCUCGUGCGACCCCAUAUCUCCAGCUCGCCAUUGCGCGCUCAGAGUGCGACACCACCCACCUACCGCUUCGGGACGCGGUCGGGUUCGCCGCGUUGGCAUGGGCGAUGCCGACACCGUGGACCGAGGGGCGCCUGUUUGGGAAGGCGGGUACUGCUCGGCGACGUCGAAGGGCAUGGGUUGGGAGAUGUAUAUCUGCGGCUGGUGCUUGUGGCGCAGGCUGGGGAGUGGGAUGUGGUUUUGGGGGCGGGAGGCGCAAGGUGACCAGCUCGUGAGAUCAAAGUCAGCC